UCCACUCGAAUCUUCCCAAAUCAAAACACAACCCAAAGCUCUGUUCUUUAAUCUUGUUCAUCUGAAACCUCUGUUCUUGAUCUUGUUCUCUUCAGGAUCAAGACAAUCAAGUAUGGUGUUCGAAAAAGAAGCAAACUCGUCAUCCAAACGCCUCCGAUCACCGCCGGCGACGGAGGAGACGCCGCUGCUCGGAGCCCCAAAGCCGCAGUCGUCCCAAUCCAAGACGUUCGCCAAUGUCUUCAUCGCCAUCGUCGGCGCCGGCGUUCUGGGUAUGCCGUACUCGUUUAAACGCACCGGUUGGGUCAUGAGCCUGCUGACCUUGUUCUUCGUCGCGUUUCUGACCCACCAUUGCAUGAUGCUGUUGGUCUACACGCGCCGGAAGCUCGAGUCUUCCGACGCGGCGACCAAGAUCCCGUCGUUUGGGGAUUUGGGAUUCAGCGUUUGUGGCUCUACGGGGAGGUUAGUGGUUGAUGUUCUCAUCAUUCUUGCCCAGACUGGUUUUUGCGUUGGUUAUCUUCUUUUUAUUGGUAAUACAAUGACCCAUUUGAUCAAUCCUGUAACUUCGACUGAUUUGAGCCCAAAAAUAAUGGGGUUGGCUCCCAAAAGCUUUUACAUUUGGGGUUGUUUCCCGUUCCAACUAGGAUUGAAUUCGAUAAAGACGCUGACCCAUAUGGCUCCUUUGAGUAUUUUUGCUGAUGUGGUUGAUCUUGGAGCAAUGGGUGUGGUGAUCAUUGAGGAUUUGAUGAUCAUGAUGAAAGGGGUGGAUUUUGGUGGGUUGAAAAGUUUUGGGGAUGUUUCUUUGUUCUUUUAUGCAUUGGGUGUGUCUGUGUACUCGUUUGAAGGGGUUGGGAUGGUUUUGCCUUUGGAGUCGGAGGCGAAAGAUAAGGACAAGUUUGGGAGGGUGUUGGGUUUCACAAUGUUGUUCAUUGCUUUGAUGUAUGGAUGCUUUGGAGCAUUCGGUUACUUUGCUUUCGGGGAACAGACUAAGGACUUGAUCACGGCUAACCUUGGGAAAGGCGUGAUUUCCACUCUGGUGAAGCUUGGUCUUGUGAUCAAUCUGUUCUUCACAUUGCCUAUAAUGAUGAACCCGGUUUAUGAAAUCGUGGAGAGGCGGCUGUGGGGUGGGAGGUUCUGCUUGUGGUUGAGGUGGCUGCUCGUGUUGGUGGUGUGUUUGGUGGCUUUGUUGGUCCCCAACUUUGCUGAUUUCAUGGCUUUGGUUGGGAGUGGUGUAUGCUGUGUUCUGGGGUUUGUUUUGCCUAGUUUGUUUCAUCUCUUGGUCUUCAAGGGUGAGAUGGGGUGGAAGCAAUGGCUCUCAGAUGUAAGCAUUUUGGCAUUGGGAAUUGUUCUUGGGAUUUCGGGGACAUGGUUUGCUCUGCAAGAAAUUUUCGCUUCCAAAGUAUAGGAUAUUUGAGCUUUGAGCAUCAACUAUUAACUUCUUAGUAUAGUAGCAUGAAACUUUUCGUUGUUCCCAAAAGAUCCUUAUUAUCAUCUUUUGGUUUCAAAUGCCUCAUCAAUCAUUUACUGAAAUGGUGUUGGUGAAGUUUCUUCUCAAGAGUUUUAAGUUUAGAAAGAUUUACGACUUUACUGAUCAGACUGUUUUGCUUUUAAGAUAGGUGCUACUGGUUUUUGUAAUAUUGUGACUUUGUGAUGAUGUAUUUUCUAUAAAGGAAUAACCAAGGUAUAGUAUUGUUUGGUUC